GCAGGGCAGCAGGGCCAGUCGUGGCUCCUUCUUAGGGAAACAAUAAGGAAACAGAAAUAGGGAGAAGGUUAUUUUCUGAAUAAAGAUAAGCCAACGAAGCCGGAAUCUAGGGAACCUAAAUGCCUCGCGCUGCGUGUGUCCUGGGGAAUCCUUUGGUUUAUGCAGAACUAGGCAAAAUGGCGAUGGAGGAUGAGACGGAUAACCGUAAGAGCGAAGGAGUACCAGGCUUAGGAGGCAGUGUUGUACAGAGCGAAGAGGGACAGAAAGACAGAGAAUCGAUAAAUCCGGAUGGUACCAAAGGGAACCGAAAGGAAAUCUCCUCAGGAGAAAGCUCGGGGAAAGCCGGGGGAAGCAGGCAAGGGACUCAGGAAACCAAGGAGGGCAUAAAUAAGGAUAGGACAAGCCCCCGAAAUUCAGAGGGAGUUGUGUCUAAGAAAGUGAGGGUCGCGGAUGCGAGGCGCAAACUAGCGGAGAUAGAAAAAAGGACCGCGGAGUACAAGGAAGUAACAGGGAACAUCCGGGGAGCCGGUGGGGAAAUCCCGUUCGUUGGGUAUGUCACGAAAUGCGCAGUCAAGGCUGGAGUCAGGGAGUCGAUCUGGUCGUUUCAACGGAUGACUGUAAUGGAGGAAAUUGACCACGAUAUAAUCCUCGGGAGACUGUGGUGCGCAAACGUGGAAAUGAUAGGCAUGCACUUGCACGAUGGCAUGUACAUGGUAGACAUAGAGGACCCAGUGACCGGCCGGGGAGAGCUCCUCCGACUCCUAGGGACAGGAGGAGACCCUCCGAAGGGAAAGUUAGCCACGUGGUCGCCAUCGUUCGAGGAUAGUGCACGAAAGGGGGCUUUUGCGGGGAUGGAGGGCAUGAGAGAAGGGGUAGAAAUUAUGAUUGAGGAGGCAUUCAACAAGAAGAAAUGGAUCAAGAUGGGUCUGUCCCAGAAGAAAAGGAGGCAGGAGGACGAAGUCUUGGGUGUUAUGGUAGCAGAAAACAAAUCAGAAGUCGAACUCGGUGCCAGUCUGCCAAAACGGAAAGAAGUACGCAUGGACGUGCCAGAAGUCGCACUCGAGAUCCCCGAUUUGGUACAACUCAUCAAGACCCUCAGAUACCACAAGGUAGGAGUGGACUCGGCGGCCUUGGCCAAAUUCGAAGGAGAGGUGCAAAAGGGAUAUUGUCUGAAUGAGAAAUUAGUCAAACCGACGGCAUCGCCAAACGCAAACCGAUGGUUCGUCUUUCGGAAGCCCAACAAGACGCUGAGGUGGAUUCAGGAUCUGCAGAAGUUGAAUGCGGUAACCAUCCGGGAUGCUGGCUCGCUGCCUCAGGCUGAUUUAUUAGCAGAGUCGCACACCGGCCGAAGCAUUUACUCUCUGAUCGAUUUGUACUCUGGGUACGACCAACUUCCAUUGGAUGUCCGGGACAGGCCGUACACCACAAUGCACACCGCCGUACGCCAGUUGCAGAUGCAGGUGACCCCUAUGGGCUUUAUAAACGCGGUAGUCGAAGCACAAAGGAGAAUGCUCGCCGUAGCCGGGGACAUUUUCCCAGAGAAGUGUGAACCCUGCAUCGAUGACAACCCGAUCAAAGGCGCUCAAGAGAAGGACGAGACUGAAGUCCAGCCGGGAAUUUGAAGAUUUGUAUGGGACCAUCUACAAGACAUCAAGGACUUACUCCGCCGGUUCCUAGUAUAUAACAUUACGGCUAGCGGACCAAAGAGUAUUCUAGCAGUACCGAAAGU